AUGGCUAUUUCAAAACCGUGUGUUGACAUCAGUACUCUUCCAAGCGAUGUGUUGACGUAUGCCAAUGACAAAUUUAUUCGUCUUGUUGAACAAUUAGUUGGUGAAGAUAUUGCCGAAUUAUUUAAUGUCCAAGCAAUACACAAUAUUCCGUGUUUGCUGAAAACAACUUCAGACGUAUUUGAAAUUUUGAAACUCGACUGUCCGGAUAUUGAGAACAUUCGUGAUAAAUUAUCAUUCAAGUUGACUGAUGGUACAUUUAUAGUAAAACCUGGUUAUCGGAGCAGUGUUUCCUAUGUGACUGAAGUAUUUCGUAAUAAAUUUGACGAUCAUUUGAAGCAGCUCAGAGCUAAAUCAAGAAGUGUUACUGUAUCAUCUCAACUUCAAUUACCAUUACCAUUCACUCAAGUAUCUUCUUCUUCUUCUAAUCAAUUAGCGGUAUCUUCUAUUCAAUUACUCUCAUCGUCGUCAACGAGUCCAAUCGUACCACCUUCAACAACCAUUACUGAACAUGAACAUCGUAAUCAGACCAUUAAAACGAUAGGUACAUGGUGUGAGAGAGAAAAAGAAUCGCUAGCUUUGGAUGAAUUGUCUUUAUCAAUUGUUGAUGAUUAUAAACUCUACAUAAAUAACGAUACCGAGAAUUUGGAAGCAUCAAUCCGUUGUAAUUGUGGUGUUAAACUAAACUUAUUUAAACUUAAGAACCGAACAUUUUUUCAGUUAUCUAAUUUUUAUGCUCAUCUAAAAAGUAAAAAAUGUUCGAUGAUGAAACAAAAGAAAAACGACGAUAAGAAGAAGAAAAGCCAAGACGAUAGUGCAAGUAAAGAAGAGAAAGUAGAAGAAGAAGAGGCCAGUGAUGGUAAUAUUGCUUCUGUUGCUGAUACCACAAGCUCGAAAGCACCAGAAACAGUAGUUAAAAAUCAGAAGAAACGUCCCUUAUCUCAAGUAGUCUCAUCUUCACUUCGAGUAAAACGAACUCGUAGAAGAUAA